UCUCCAUACACCAGCCAACUUUUACUCCAUUAGGAAAAGAAAGAAAGAAACAGAGCAGAGAGAAUCAGAGAGAGAGAGAGAGAGAGAGAGAGAGAGAGAGAGAGUGUGUGUGUGUGUGUGUGUUCUGGGGAUUCAGAAAAGAGAUAAACACCGAAGGUUGAGUUCCAGAACCCACCCCAAGCGCCAUAAGAUCAUUCCGGCAUUGUCCCCAACCUAGAAAAAAUUUGGGGCAGGAUUGACUCAUGGAUUACUUUUUGGAUGGAUUGAGAAAUGUUAUUACGGUGCAGGGCCGUCCCUGACAUUUGAGAGCCCGAGGCAAACUUCAAGGUGCCAAGAUGGUCAGACAGGACUUCACCCUGGACAUGAACAAGCCUCUUGUUUUCCAGGUUGGCCAUCUUGGGGAAGCUUAUGAGGAAUGGGUUCACAAGCCUAUUGUUGGCAAGGAAAGACCCCGGCUUUUUGAGAAUGACAUUUUGGAGUUCUUAACUCUCACAGUAUGGUGGGCAGUUCCAGUCAUUUGGCUACCAGUUGUGUGCUGGUCUGUCUCGAGGUCUGUUCAGAUGGGUGUUCCAUCUACUCAAUUAGCAGCAUCAGUGUUUGGGGGCAUCUUUCUCUGGACAUUUCUGGAAUACUCCUUGCACCGGUUUCUCUUUCACAUCAAAACGAGUGGCUAUUGGGGAAACACCAUACACUAUCUUCUUCAUGGCUGCCAUCAUAAGCACCCCAUGGAUGGACUACGGCUUGUUUUCCCUCCCGCAGGAGCUGCAAUUAUAGCGGCCCUAUUGUGGUACAUGAUUAAGCUUACAACGCGGCCAGCCAUUGCCCCUGCUUUGUUUGGAGGUGGCUUACUGGGAUACGUAAUGUAUGAUUGCACUCAUUACUAUGUGCACCACGGGAAGCCGGAUAAAGGUGUUCCGUCAUCUUUGAAGAGGUUCCACAUGAACCAUCACUUCAGAAUUCAAGACAAGGGAUUCGGAAUCACGUCUUCCUUUUGGGAUAUUGUGUUUGGAACACUUCCGCUGGAAUCUGGGAAGAAAACAAGAUGAUUAUUCAUUUUGAGAUCGAAGUAGAGAAAUCCAUAAAUGAUGUGGCAUACAAGGUGCUGCUGGAGUUUCAGCUGGUUCGAAGGAUCCUAGCUAGCUUCUUAACAAGGAUACAUUUGAAUGACAAUACCAAAGGCUAGGCUUGUUUCAGUGUAUACUUCUCCAAUGUGUCUUUCUUUCUUUCUUUCAUUUUAUCUUUCUCUUUUUGUAUGAAACCUUAAUCUGACAACUUCUCAUUGUGUAAUAUAUAUGCUGCUAGGAGGUUUUGAGUCUUAUUUUUCUACUAUAGAUAGAAAACAUACAGAGAUAACUCUUUUGUUUUGUU